CAACGUUUCAAUCAGAAUAUUAUUUAACACUUAUACCCCAUAUACGUAUGAUCAUAUGUUCAUAACUCCAGACACCUCUCUAUUUAUGCUAAUUAUGAUGAGAAGGUUAAACAGUGCAACUGAAAAAUAAGAAUACUUGCCUUUAAAACCUCAGAUAUGUGGAGGAAUUUGAUGAUCUGAAUCUGAUUCCUUGGAUUCCAGGUGGCAGUAUACAGAUUUACUUGUGACAUGGCAACUGAAGUGAAGAAUAUUCCAGCUCCUGUGUGUGAAGCAGAAAGGGAUCUCGUUGAAGCUACAAACAAUUCAACCAAAUCGGUACCUCAAGAAGAAAAGACUCCAGCUGAUGCAUCGAAGGGACCUUCUAUAGCCGAGGGUAAUGAUUUUUUGAUAAAAGCCUCAGCUGAUGAAGUUCAUCCCGAAGUAAAUAACAUUCCAUCAAAUGCCAGCAUGGCUACCGAAAAGCCAAACCAAACUGUGAAAGAUGAAAAUGAGAUUUUGAUUGUUAGAGACCCUAAAUUAGAUGAAACACUAGAUGUUGCUUCAGAUGAAGGGGCUAGCUUGAAAACAAUCCAAGAAAAUACUGAAGAAUCAAAUGACUCGCAGAUUGGGUGUGAUGAGGAAUUGAAAAAGGAAAGCGAAAAAUUACUACCGUCUGAAUCUUCAAUUAAAGGGGCAGCCACUGAUAAGGCCAAAGAAGAGGAUGAAGAACUCAACAAAAGACUGCCACCGACUGAAGCAUUGACUGAAUCGGCACCUAUUGAUAAUGCCAAAGACGAGGACGAAGAACUCAACAAAAAACUGCCACCGACUGAAGCAUCAACCGAAUCAGCAGCUAUUGACAAGGCCAAAGAUGAGGAUGAAGAACUCAACAGAGUUGAACUGCUGGAAAAUGAGAAGAAUACAAUUAGUUUACUGAUGCAAAAGACAGAUGAAUCGAUAGAGUCCUUGCAAGGAAUACCUGAUAAUCUUAAAGCACCACAUUUAAGCCAAGAUAAGGAAAAAAAUUCUUCAGAAGAGCAAACGCUAAAUGGGAGUCUUGAUGGAGUCACUAGUAGCGUUACUGAAGGAAAAAGCAUUGAUGCAAUAGAGACACAAAAGGAAGUUCUUGAGAAAACGGAGAUCAUUGAAGCUACCAACAAUUCUACCAAUACUCUUCCCCAAGAAGAAAAGACUCUAGUUGAUGAGCCUACGAGACCUACAACUGAGGGUAAUUAUUUUUUGGAAACAACCUCUGCUGAUGAAGUUCAUGCUGAGGUAAACAACAUUUCACCAAUUGCCAGCAUGGGUACUGAAAAGCCAAAUCAAACAAUGAAAGAUGAAACUGAGAUUUUGAUCAUUAGAGACCCUAAAUUAGAUUAUCAGCCAUUGGAUAUAGCUGCAAAUGAACAGACUUGCUCGAAAGCAAUCCAAGAAAAUACUGAAGAAUCAAAUGACUCGCAGAUUGGGCGUGAUAAGGAAUUGGAAAACGAAAGCAAAAAAUUGCCACCGCCUGAAGCUUCAAUUAAAUGGGCAGCCACUGAUAAGGCCAAAGAAGAGGAUGCAGAACUCAACAGAGUUGAACUGUUUGAAAAUGAAAAAAAUACAAUUAGUUUGCUGAAGCAAAAAACGCAUGAAUCCGUAGAGACCAUGCAUGUAGUCACUGAUAAUCUUAAAGCGUCUCAUUUGGGCCAAGAUAAGGAAGAAACUUCUUCAGAAGAGCAAAUGCAAAAUGUGAGUCUUGAUGGAAUCACAAGAGGCGUUACAGUAGAAAAAAACAUUGAUGCAGUAGAAACACAAAAAGAAAUUCUUGAGAGUAUGCCAACAAUUGUUUCAUGUUCUUCCGAAAAGGGAAACCCAGAUGCAGAUCUACAAGGAAUCACAAGUUGUGGUAUGGUUGAAAAGACAAUUGAUAAGGUUGACCUACAAAAGGAAGUUGUUGAGGUACAGAACUUCUCAACAACUUGUUUGAACGAGGAAACAGAAGAAAAGCAUUUGAUUGAAGUGGAUGUCUCAGAAGCAAAAUUUGAAGAGUUACCAGAAAAAGAUGGUGAAAAGGUGAAUCAGCCGCAAUCCUUGAUAAGGGAAGCCACUGAUGAUGAGUCGGUAGUUAUCCAUGAAGCUCGAAUCAUGGAUGGAGAACUAAGAGAAUAUGAAUUGGAUGAAAAUGAGAAAUGUACAGAAACUGCUCUUCUGGAGAAAGAAUCUAAAAUUGAGAAGCCCGAAGAUCCCUUGAAUGCAGAUUCCAUAGAAGUUAAAAAGUCCGAUUUGGGCAUUGUCAGAGAAAUAAGUUCUUUUGAAGAACAAAAUGCAGCAACACCCGUAAUUUCGGAUGGAGAAACAGAUGAAAAUUCCAUUGAUGCAGCUGAAAAAAAUGACAAAAUUCUUCAACUGCAGGAAGAUCGAACAUUUGCUUCAAAUGAGAAGACGGAAGAUAACUCAUUGAUCCAAAAGCAAGACUCAGAAAAUAAAGAUGAAGAAAAUUUGGAGAAAGACAACCACAAACCAUCCUCAAUAAACAAUUUGGGACACAAGGUGGAAACAAUUUCUUCAGAGGGGCGAAGUGCAACAGCAUCUUCACAAAUAAUCCAGGAUCAGAAAACAGAGGAAACAUCAUUUGAUCCAGCUGAAGUAAAGGAGGAAACUCCUGUGGUACAGAAUGUCUCGACAAUAGCUUCAAAGGAGAAGACGGAAGAAAACUUGUUGAUCCAAGUUGAUGAACCACAAAAGAAAGAUGAGGAGCAUUUGGAGGACAAUGCGAAGCCAUCAUUAUUAAAAGAUUCCUUAGUGAAUCCCAAUGAUAAUGCAUUAACUGAAACUGAUAAGGUCAAACUCGAUAUAAAUGGAGCAGAAUCAUUGCAGGAGAAAAUUGAAGAAAGUGAUUUUCUGAAGGAAGAAUUGGAUACAGGUAAGCUUGCAGAAUCCUUCUUUGCAGUAGUGGAGUACACAAAAGCAACGGAUUUGGGUCAAGACACAGAAAAAACAGAUUUUCUUGAGGACCAGAGCCCAAUAGUAAAUCCACAUAGAACCUUGGACGAGAAAACAGAGGAAGAAACAACGGAUCCAUGUGAUUCCAAGGAUAAAACUAAAGAGCAGCAGAAUGUUGCGAUAAGUGUGUCAAAUGAGGACAGUGAAGGGAAUUCUCUUAUUCAAUAUGAUGAUAGUGACAAGAACUCAUUAAUUUUACAGGACACGUCAGAUACGAAGCAUGACUUAGAUUUUGUAAAAGAUUUACAAGAACAAUCCUUAAUAGAAGCUUCAAGCAAGGAUACCAAUGAAGGCGAGUCAACAACUACGCAUGACACCGUACUUGUUGAUGAACAUACAAGAGAAGUUGGAUUUUCAAAUGAUGCAAAAACUGCAGAUAGUACCUUGGUGACGAAAGAGAACUUACAGGACGCUCCAGAGGAUCACAAGCCAUCUCCCUCAAGUGAAGACAUAGAAGCAGCUUGCUCUCUUAAGGAGCAAAUUGUAACUGCAAACCCUCAGUCAGUCAUAAAUGAAAAAAGAAUUGAUGUCACAGACACAAAUGAAGAAAAUCUUGAGAAUGUUGCGACAAGUGUGUCAAAUGAGGACAAUGAAAGAAACUUUCUUAUUCAAUACGAUGAUAGUGACAAGAACUCAUCAAUUCAACUGGACACCUCAGAUAUGAAGCAUGAGUUAGAUUUGGUAAAAGAUUUGCGAGAACCAUCAUUAAUAGAAGCUUCAAGCAAGGAUACCAAUGAAGGUGAGUCAACAACUACACAUGCCAUACUUGUUGAUAAACAUACAAGAGAAGUUGGAUUUUCAGAUGGUGACAAAACUACAGAUGGUACCUUGGUGACGAAAGAAAACUCACAGGAUGCUACAGAGGAUCACAAGCCAUCUCCCUCAAGAGAAGACAUAGAAGAAACUUGCUCUCCUGAUGAGCAGAGUGUAACUGCAAAUCCUCAGUCAGUCAUGAAUGAAAAAAGAAUUGAUGUCAUAGACACAAAUGAAGAAAAUCUUGAGAAUGUUGCGAUAAGUGUGUCAAAUGAGGAUAGUGAAAGCAAUUCUCUUAUUCAAUAUGAUGAUAGUGACAAUAGCUCAUCAAUUCAACUGGACGCCUCAGAUAUGAAGCAGGACUUAUAUUUGGUAAAAGAUUUGCAAGAACCAUCAGUAAUAGAAGCUUCAAGCAAGGAUACCAAUGAAGGCGAGUCAACAACUACGCAUGAACCCAUACUUGUUGAUGAACAUACAAGAGAAGUUGGCUUUUCAGAUGGUGACAAAACUACAGAUAGUAACUUGGUGACGAAAGAGAACUUACAGGACGCUCAAGAGGAUCACAAGUCAUCUCCCUCAAGUGAAGACAUAGAAGCAACUUGCUGUUUUGAUAAGCAAAGUGUAACUGCAAACCCUCAGUCAGUCAUAAAUGAAAAAAGAAUUGAUGCCACAAAUGAAGAAAAUCUUAAGAAUGUUGCAACAAAAUUUCCACAAGAAUACACUGAAGAAACCUUAGUGAUCCAACCAGAUGGCUUACCUAAGGAACAUGAUGAACAUUUGGGAAAAGAAAGCAAAACUUCAUUUCUCACAGAAGCUCUAACCAAGGAGAACAAUGACAUUCAGUCCACACUGAGUGAGCUUAAAGAAAAGAACGAGGACUCAAUAGAAUUUGAAUCAUGGGAAAAGGAGAGAGAUACUGUUUCUGCUUCAGUGAAAGAAGGACAUGUGGAGAAGCUUAUAGAUCUCUAUGAAGUAGCUCAUGAUGAUAUUCAAGCAUCUGACUCAACUUUAGACACAAAAAUUAGUCAUGAUAAGGAAGAGAUUCAGACCCCAGAUUUACAAGAAAUGUCAAGUGGUAGAAAUGAAGAAACUGCUGAUGACACAACUGAGUCGAAUAUCCUUGAUUUCCAGGAACAGUUAAGAGAUUUUGUUUCAUUUAUAGAUCGUCCGGAUGGUUCAUUUGUUAUUACGGGGAGGAUAUCAUAUGAACAAUUGGUACAGAUGAUUAAUGAAAAUUGUCGGUUUGGAGAAGCAAACACCAUGGAUAACUUUAAGACUCCAUUCAAGGGAGUUAAGGAGGAUUUCAAAGGAAGGCUGGCAUGCUACAAGAAAGACUGGCUCAAUACGUGUGGCUCGGGCGCAAGGAUUUUGGCCCCAACAGCAUAUAUUUUCUUUGCUUCUGCUCUCCCAGUAAUUGCAUUUGGAGAGCAGUUGAGUCGGGAAACAGAUGGAAGCUUGAGCACAACUGAGACUCUUGCUUCAACGGCUAUCUGUGGGGUCAUCCAUGCAAUAUUCGGGGGACAGCCAUUGUUGAUCCUAGGAGUUGCAGAACCUACCAUUAUAAUGUACACUUACUUAUACAACUUUGCCAAAAACAGCAUAGGCAAAGAACUGUAUCUAGCCUGGGCUGGGUGGGUGUGUGUCUGGACUUCCUUGCUCUUGAUACUUCUGGCUAUAUUCAAUGCUUGUACAAUCAUCACUCGAUUUACGAGGGUGGCUGGUGAACUUUUUGGCAUGCUAAUCUCUGUACUUUUCAUUCAGGAGGCCAUUAAGGGUGUGGUGAGUGAAUUCAACAUUCCAAAAGGUGAAAAUGCGUCAGAAGAGAAAUACCAGUUCGAAUGGCUUUACACUAAUGGGUUGCUUGCCAUCAUAUUUUCAUUUGGACUGCUAAUAACUGCCCUAAAGAGCAGAAAAGCUAGAUCCUGGCGUUAUGGCUCAGGCAUGUUCAGAAGCCUAAUUGCAGAUUAUGGGGUCCCACUUAUGGUUGUCGUUUGGACCUCUUUAUCCUAUGUUGUACCUCGUGAUGUUCCUGCUGGGGUUCCUAGGAGGCUGUUCUGUCCACUUCCUUGGGACCCUAAAUCAUUGUACCAUUGGGGAGUUAUUAAGGACAUGGGAAAAAUACCGGUGGAGUACAUUUUUGCUGCCUUAAUACCGGCAUUGAUGAUUGCGGGCCUAUACUUUUUCGACCACAGUGUGGCUUCACAGCUGGCGCAACAGAAAGAGUUCAAUCUGAAAAACCCGUCAGCUUACCAUUAUGAUAUCCUCUUGCUUGGAGUCAUGACUUUGAUUUGCGGGUUACUUGGACUUCCUCCUUCUAACGGUGUACUCCCACAGUCUCCUAUGCAUACUCGGAGUCUUGCAGUUCUUAAGAGGCAGUUGUGUUCUACAACUAAACUGAACUUGAUGAGAAUUAUCGAGGAUUUCCAUGCUUCUUUUGUUGAGUCGGUGCCGUUCAAGUACAUCUUGAUGUUCACACUGUUUCAGAUUGUGUAUUUUCUGUUGUGCUUUGGGAUAACAUGGAUACCUAUUGCUGGAAUAUUGUUCCCUUUACCUUUCUUCCUUCUGAUAAGCAUAAGAGAGCAUCUCCUUCCCAAGAUAUUCCCACAUCGUCACCUUCAGGAGCUUGAUGCAGCCGAGUAUGAAGAAAUUAUUGGGUACUCGGUCAGGACUAAGAGUUUAUCCUUCAAGCAUAGGGAAUUAGAUGAUACGGAUGAUGCUGAGAGUGUUCCGAAUGUAUCCUCUGCGGAGAUAUUAGACGAGAUGGUUACCCGAAGAGGUGAACUGAAGCAUCGAUCAGUGAGCUUUAACGACAGGCAGCUUCAGUCUCAGGCCAGUAUCUAAAAUGUAAAAUAACGACAUUUUUUAAGUACUAUAAUUAAU